GUCGGGCAAGACAUUGGUCCUGGGUCACUUGGUCUCAGCCUCAGCCCCUCAAAUGAGCCCUCUGGUCCCUGGGACACCAUGAUCUGCACUGCGACAGCCCCCAGCUUCCUGGUCCUGUCCCUGCUGCUGCUGCUCCUGCCAUCAGUGCCCGCGGCCCACUCCGUGUUCCUGGAGGAGCUGGGAGGCAGCGGGGAGGCCGAGGGCUCGUCAGCCUCCUCCCCUAGCCUCCCGCCACCCCGGACCCCGGCCCUGAGCCCCACCUCACUGGGACCCCAGGCCACGCCCUUGGCCGGCCCCUCGCCCCCCACCAGCUUCCUGGAGGGCGUCAUGGACUUCUUCCGCCAGUACGUGCUGCUCGUCGCCGUAGUGGGCUCCCUGGCCCUCCUGCUGCUCUUCGUCGUGUGUGCUGCCCUCAUCACGCGCCAGCAGCACAAAGCCUCGGCUUACUACCCGUCUUCCUUCCCAAAGAAGAAGUACGUGGACCAGAGCGACCGGGCUGGCGGCCCCCGCGCCUUCAGCGAGGUCCCCGCCCGGGCUCCCGACAGCCGGCCCGAGGAGGCCUUGGAUUCCUCCCGGCAGCUUCAGGCCGAUAUCCUGGCUGCCACCCAGAACCUCAAGUCUCCGGCCAGGGGUACCCAGGGCAGCAGGGAGGGAGCCAGGCUGGCAGAGGGUAAAUUAGGAGGGGAGGAAGAAGGGAAGGAGGAGGAGAAGGGGGGGAAGGAGAGGAAGGAGGAGGAACAGCAGGUGUAUCCAGAAUGCCAGGGAUGUGCGUUGCCGGCUGAGAACCCACAGGUGGAGGCAGAGCCGAGCGCGGUGGUGGCCGAGAACACUGCGGUGGCUGCCGAGGACCCGGAAGAGUCUGAGGGGUCUCCCCCGUUAGCCCAGGACUCCCCCAGCGUCUAGCAGCACCACACUCCCCCACAACCCCAGGGCUCUCAGAUCUCAAGCUGUCCCUCCCUUGGGCAUGGAACGGCCUUCAGCCCUACCUGCUUGCUGACACUCCCACCCACCCACCCCUGGAGAGGCUGGCC